ACUGAAAGGCAAAACUGUCUUUUCCCCUUCUAACUCAAAUUUUCUUUACUUGCUGGACAGAAUUUUUUCUGUGGUGAACAGUAUUACUGCUUGAGAAUGCCAAGGAUUCUUAACCUAAAAUACAGGAAAAGGAUUUCAAAAGUGUAGGAACUGUGUGAAUGUGCUGCCAAGUAACAGCAUUAGCAAACCAGUGAAAAAAGUAUUUGCUGUGGUCAUUUGAAAACGAAUUUGCAUUAGAAAGUAAAGGCAGAGAAUCCUAGGAUUGGGUUUUUUAAAGGUAUCUUAGACUUGAAAUGAUUUUGCUCCUUGGAAAGACUUAUUACGUAUUUGUGGCAUACAGUAUACAUAAAAAUGAUGUAGCUUUUUCUAGGCUCUUGCUUACAACAAGAAAUAGUAGUACUAAGCUUCCGUUCUACUUAAUCGAUGCUAUGAGCUUCCAGUUUAAUUGACAGAUUGCUAAAAUAACCAAUUAACUAGGCUCUACUAAGGCUUGGGGUUUUUUAAGAGUACCGUAUGUUCAGUUUUGAACAGCUGGGGGGGAAUGUUGACUUCUAAGAUAAAUGAGGACCUCCAUCCUUUGGUAUCAAGCCAGGAAGACCAGGGUUGCUCUGCUGUUGAGGCUUUGGCAUACUGAAGCUUUGACAGUUUUCAUCUGUGAAGAGGAAGCCCCUUGUGCCAGCCCUCUGUUGCCUAGUUUUGGUUUGCAGGAUUUUAUUCUUGAGAGGCUUCUGUUUCAAAACUCCAAAUUGCAAUUUGCAGAGGCUGCUAUUCAUCUCAAGAUGGAAGAGUCAGUGCUGGAUAAAUUGCCAUCUUUGUGCAAUACUCCAAAGGAUUCUGGAGCAGCACCUGCACAGGGGACUAGUUCAGCAAAACAGCAAAUGAGUGCAGCUCUGAGGGAACGAUUACGGAAAACAAGACGUUCAUUUAAUGCCAAUUUUGCAGUGGCAAAGCGCCUCAAAAUAGACACAGAAGAAAAAGAUUCUGCUGAUGCUGACACAGGGUGCUUGCCAGAGACAAGUACAGACUGUUCCAGAUUACAAGAUGGUUCUGAAAACCUGGAAGGAAAUGGCACUGGACACACAUGUUUCAAAAGUUCCUCACAGGAAAGUGAUCCCUGUGGAUCAGCAGAGAAUUCAGAUAUGCCACAGGUUGAUCUUGGUCAGCAGCAGUCCCUGGAAGAAAAAGUAAAGCUGGUGAAACAAGUGCAAGAGAAGGAAGAGCUACUGCGUAGGCUCAAACUGGUGAAGAUGUAUCGGUCCAAGAACAACCUGUCUGAGCUGCAGGCUUUGAUAGUGAAGUGGAGAAGUAGCACCCAGCUGAUGCUGUAUGAGCUGCAGUCAGCCUUUUCUGCAGAUGGCAAGAAAGUGAGUCUCACUGAGCUCAUCGAUACUUUUGGGCUAGAAGACCAAUUACUGCACUACAAGCUUCCUUUGCACAGACACAAAAGACUGAAUAAAUUCUGA